AUGAAGCUUUCGUCUGUAUUAUUCGGGCUGGCUCUGGCCGCGCCCAUUGUUGCACAGGAUAUAUACGACAUUUGGUCCACGACAUGGCAGAAAGACAACCAGUUCACGUACAAGAACCUAGGGUCUAAGCAUAUCAGCUUCGGAUCGCCUGGAUCAACAGGCACGUCGGACAUCAAGAGCAUCGUCGGCUUCGGUGCCGCCAUGACCGAUUCGUCUGCGAAGCUCCUGAACGAUUUGAAGAGCUCGAGUUCAGAUAAAUACUGGGCCCUGCUCAAGUACCUGUUUGAUCCCACCGAUGGUGCCAACGCCGCAGGGUUCACGUAUCUCCGCGUUCCACUUGGAGCCUCCGAUUUCUCGGCCAAAGUCUACUCAUUCGACGACACAAGCGGGGACACUUCGCUGAACGACUUCAACAUCGACGCCGCGCCUUCCUACCUGUUCUCUGUCAUCAACGACGUCUUGUCCAUCAACAGCGACCUCAAGGUUCACGUCUGCCCGUGGUCUCCUCCCGGGUGGAUGAAGGACGGAGGAUCGAUGAACGGCGGCAAGUUCUACACGAGCAUGUCAGACGUCUUUGCCAACUAUCUCCUGAAGUCCCUGCAAGGGUUCAAGAGCAAGGGUAUUACGCCGUGGGCCAUCAGCAUCCAGAACGAGCCGCAGAACAGCAACGGUCACUAUCCCACCGCACUGCUCGACGCAUACUGGGAGGCGAAGAUCGGCCAGACGCUCCGGUCGCUCAUGGACGGCAACGGGUUCAAAGACACGCUCGUCGUCGGGUACGAGCACAACUGGGAUGAUGCCGGGGCGUAUCCGGUCGACCUCAUGAACGAUGCUACGGACGCGUUCGACGGCGUAGCGUUCCACUGCUACGAGGGACACGUCUCGCAGCAGGAGACGUUCCACGAUGCGUUCCCGAACAAGAACAUCUACUUCACUGAGUGCACGGGUUUGUUCAAUGGGGACUGGUGGGGAGAUACCAAGGCUUACCUCAGGAACAAUGUCAUUGGCACCGUCAACAACUUCGCGCGGAACGCCGCGUUCUGGAACCUCGUCCUCGACGGCAGCGGCAACCCCAAGCUUCCCGGCACCACAAGCUGCGGCGGCAAGAACGCCUGCCGCGGUGUCAUCACGCUCAACAGCGACGGCUCUUAUACGAAGAACCCCGAAUUCUACGCUCUCGCGCAGAUGUCGAAGGGCACCAUCCCGAAGGACAAGGGCGGACCGAGCGCACAGCGUAUCGACGCCUCCGUAGGCGGCAACUCGAACCUCCUUGUCUCCGCCUUCGUCACGAAGCGCGCAUCUUCUUCGGACGAAUGGCGCUACAGCCUGGUCGUGCUCAAUCAGAAUGACGACAACAAUGGUAAAUGGGACCCUGUUGAUAUCGACGCUACUAUCGAGUUCCGGGGCAAGCAGGCCAAGUAUACCUUCCCUGUCGGUGUGACCACGCUCUGGUGGUACGCAUCUCCGGAGUAA